UACAUUAAUUAAUUCAGCUGAAGUCUCGCGGUGUUACCCUUUCAGACAUCUUCCAUUUCUUCCUCUGAAAGCAGCGUUACUGUGCUUGUGUGCCAAAACAGACCUCCGCUUGUGCCUGGGCGUCAAUAUUGUGCGUCAUUUUCUUUCUUCGUUUUAUUUUUUCCUAUCUGACAACAUGGCAACUCCCGCAGCUGUGAAUCCAUCGGAGAUGGCUUCUGAUAUUCCGGGCCCCGUGGCGCUACCAGGAGCACCAGUGGGAGCAGGGCAGGUGAGGAUGGCAGGGUCCAUGCCGGGCCGAGCAGGGAAACGCCGCUCUGGAGGAAUGGACUUUGAGGAUGAAGAUGGAGAAGGACCAAGCAAAUUUUCAAGGUAUGAUGAUGAUCAAAUCCCUGGUGAUAAGGAAAGAUUUGCAAGAGAAAAUCACAGUGAAAUUGAAAGACGUCGUCGUAAUAAGAUGACACAGUAUAUCACAGAGCUGUCUGAUAUGGUGCCUACCUGCAGUGCACUGGCACGGAAGCCAGACAAACUUACCAUCCUGCGAAUGGCCGUGUCUCACAUGAAAUCCAUGAGAGGGACGGGGAACAAGUCUACUGAUGGAGCUUAUAAACCUUCAUUUCUAACGGAGCAGGAACUGAAGCAUCUGAUUCUGGAGGCUGCGGAUGGGUUCCUCUUUGUUGUUGCCGCGGAGACCGGUAGAGUGAUUUACGUUUCGGACUCUGUUACUCCAGUCCUCAAUCACCCGCAGUCAGAGUGGUUCGGGAGCACUCUCUAUGAACAGGUACACCCAGACGACGUGGAUAAACUGAGAGAGCAGCUGAGCACGUCCGAAAGCUCAAUGACAGGACGCAUUCUGGACCUGAAGACGGGUACAGUCAAGAAAGAAGGCCAGCAGUCCUCCAUGAGAAUGUGCAUGGGAUCGAGGCGUUCCUUUAUCUGUAGAUUGAGGUGCGGCAGUGCGCCUUUAGAUCACAUCUCCUUGAAUCGACUGUCCAAUAUGAGGAAGAGAUACAGAAAUGGCUUAGGACCUUCAAAAGAGGGAGAACCACAGUAUUCAGUUGUCCAUUGUACAGGAUACAUCAAAGCGUGGCCCCCAGCAGGCAUGACCAUCCCUGAUGAAGAUACAGAAGCAGGACAGACAAGUAAAUAUUGCCUUGUUGCAAUUGGAAGACUUCAGGUAACCAGCUCCCCGGUGUCCAUGGAUAUGAAUGGGUUGACGAUUCCUACAGAGUUCCUUUCUCGACACAGCUCGGAUGGAAUUAUCACUUUCGUGGAUCCGCGCUGCAUCAAUGUUAUUGGCUACCAACCACAGGAUCUGCUGGGAAAGGACAUCUUGGAGUUCUGCCACCCCGAAGAUCAGAGCCACCUGAGGGAGAGCUUUCAACAGGUUGUUAAACUGAAAGGCCAGGUGCUCUCUGUGAUGUAUCGUUUCCGCACAAAGAAUCGAGAGUGGAUGCUGAUCAGGACUAGCAGCUUCACCUUUCAGAACCCGUACUCGGACGAGAUCGAAUACAUCAUAUGCACCAACACCAACGUCAAGCAGCUUCAGCAACAACAGCAAGCAGAGCUUGAAGUUCAUCAGAGAGAUGGUCUCCCGUCGUAUGACCUGUCUCAGGUGCCUGUUCCUAAUGUUACUGCUGGUGUCCACGAAGCAGGCAAGCCAGUCGACAAGGCAGAGAGCAUGUUUCCCCAGGAAAGGGACCCUCGCUUUGCUGAUAUGUACUCUGGGAUUGCAGCUACAGCUGACAAAAAAAUGAUGGCUUCGUCUUCAGCCGGAGGGACCCAGCAGCUUUAUUCUCAAGGCAGCCCGUUCCAGCCAGGUCACUCAGGGAAGAGUUUCAGUUCCUCUGUAAUACAUGUACCAGGAGUCAAUGAUAUUCAGUCAGCAUCUUCAGCUGGACAGAACUUGGCACAGAUUUCUCGACAGCUGAACCCAGCUCAGGUUCCCUGGACUGGGAAUCGGCCUCCUUUUUCUGGACAGCAAAUCCCGUCACAGUCUGGGAAGGCUCAGUCAUCUCCGUUUGGUAUUGGAUCGAGUCACAGCUAUCCAGCAGACCCCUCCUCUUACAGCCCCCUGUCCAGCCCCACCACCUCCUCCCCAAGCGGGAAUGCCUACUCAGGUCUAGCCAAUCGCAGCGCUGCUUUCGCUGAAGGUGGGCAGAGUGGAGGGCAGUUUCAAGGCAGACCGUCUGAGGUGUGGUCUCAGUGGCAGAGCCAGCACCACAACCAGCAGGGCAGCGAGCAGCACGCACACCAGCAGCCGAGCCAGACCGAGGUCUUCCAGGAUAUGUUGCCUAUGCCUGGGGAUCCCACACAGGGUACGGGCAAUUACAACAUUGAAGAUUUUGCUGACCUGGGCAUGUUUCCUCCUUUUUCUGAGUAAGUGGGAAGAAGGAAAUCUAACUAACUUCUACCAACUUGGUUUGAUUCAUUCUGAGCUUCAAGUACCUUCAAAGUCUACAGCACACUGAGACUGUCUAAAUGCAUUAAUUGUACUGCAUAACAGGUGUGGGACUUUGCACCAAUAACAGUGGAGGAGUUUGCUGUUGUAUCAUUUAAUUCAUGCUUGUUUUGAGAACGUCUAGAUAUACAGUAUAUCACUCCUUAAGGAGGAUGAAAUUCAGAAUAUUACAAAAGAGAAAAUAUAAGUACAUUUCUUUAAUAACUAGAGUUAAUUACCCAGGGUAGAGACCCCAACUGAGUUAAUCUUAAUUCCAGGAGGAAGGGGUACUGAUAGAGUGGUCUUGUUUUGUUUCAGUGAAACUGAGUCACUGAGAGUUUAUUUUACUUGUACUCUGAGCAAAUAAGCCAGUCUGUCUUUCUUUCGUUGCUGUGGCUUGUUUAGAAAAUGCCGAUGUGCAUUGCUGCAAACCACUGUUCCAUUAACAUAUCAUCGGUGUGAAGGUAUUACCAUAAGGAGUUGCAUAAAAUGAACCAAUGUAGAGAUCCUCAUUCACUUAAUGUUCGUGAAAAUAAUAAUAAUGAUGCAUAGUUUUGCAUACAUAUCAGAUCGAUGAGGGAUUGUAUAAUGUUAAUACAAGUGAGUGAAACUUGUAGAAAUAAAUAUUUUGAACAUUUGUUCCCAUGUAAUUUAGGUUCUUGCUGCGGCCCUAGCUCAAGUGACAUACUUUGAAAGUUUGCAUAACAUGUAACAAUGUGUGAGAGAGAUCACUGUUUUACACUGAUCAGUAAUUUUAGUAGGGAUUUUCUUUUCUUUUGUAAAUAAUGCAAUGUCUUCAUGAAAUGUGGCUUUUAUUAUUAAUACACUGCUAUACAUUUCAUGCAGCUAUAAUAUAUAUAAGUGUGCUAUGGGAGUAAAUAUUUAACUAUUAAUCUUUAGUUAUUUGAUUUUUCAAGUGAGUCUAGAAUUGUAAAAGUGUAAUGUGAUUCAGUAUUUUUGUGUAACUUUAUAGACAUAUGUGCUCAUGUCAAUAAAUACUUAUUGUGUUAAAUGUGUCUUAAGUUCAAAUGGUUAAACAGUACAUAUUGUAACACGUUUCAUUUCUAAUCAUAGUGUUUCUGGUUCAUGACUGGGUCAUGUAAAAAAUGUUCCCCCUGAAAAUGUUAAAGGAGUGCUGGGUGAGAGGGGGGUUCAAGUUUUUUACAUCAAACUGCAAUUUGUACAAUUGUAAAAAAAAAAUAAAAAUAAAAUAAAAUAC